AUGGCGGAGGCACGUUGUAAGUAUACUGCUAAACUUUACCGCCAAGGAUUGGCAGUACAACGGUGGGACUUUGGCAAUGCUAAAAAACAUUCAAGGGAUCCUGUCAACGAUCCUGCUGGUUGCAAUACGCCGAAUUUGCCAGCCUUUCAGAUUACAAUUCCUAUAAGGGAAGUAUUUUGGGAUCCGCCGUCUCCUAUCAUGCCUGC